AUGAGAACAACUUCUGCAUGGAUUCUUGGUAAAGCCAGUCAAAAUGACCUUGUUGUUCAGAAGCAGAUCCUGGAACAUGGGGCAUUGCUGAAGCUAAUGAAGAUGGUGAAAUCUUGUCUUGUAGAAGAAGCCACAAAAGCAUUGUAUGCCAUUUCAGCCUUGAUCAGAAACAAUAUAGAUGGCCAAGAAUUGUUCUAUGCAGAAGCCGGAGAUUUAAUGCUUCAGGAUAUUCUGAGCAACUCAAGUAUUGAUAUUAGAAUACACAGGAAAUCAGUGUUUCUUGUGGCUGAUCUGGCAGGGUCCCAAUUAGAUAUGAGAAAUCAAGCUCAACUUCCAUUUUUCAGCAACCGUUUCUUCUUGAAGUCUGUUGUUGAUCUGACAGCAUCAACUGACCUUGAUCUACAGGAGAAGGCCCUUUUUGCGAUUAAGAACCUCUUAAAACUCGGGUCAACCAAAGCUCUAGUUUUCAAAGAUUUUUGUGGAUUGGAUGUGGCAUUGGAGAGGAUGAGGCAGCAAUUACAGCAGCUAAUGGUAGAGGAAAAUCGUGGGGAGUAUGCAAUGGAAGUGGAGAGUCUCCAUCGAGAAGUUGAGCUGAUUUUCAUUGAGAAGCUAAAUAAGGGUACUCAAGUUCCAACAUGA